CGACCAACAACGCAACAAUAUUCACAUUGAACUUUGAGAAUUCACUUCUAAAUUCACCAUGAAGUAUAUACUAUUCUUUGCAGGUGUCGUGCUCUUUCAAGUGAUGAGCACUGCAUAUGGCAAUAAAGAAUAUAUGUUAGCAUGUGCCAAAGAACUAGGAAUAUCAGAAGCUACUCUUAGUGAGGGUCCUGAGAAGAAUAAAGGAAAACCAGAAUUUCGUUGCUUUGCUGCAUGUAUUAUGAAAAAAGAUGGUAGUCUUGAUGCCAAUAAUAAAAUAAACGAGUCAAAAUUGAGGGAAAAUACAGCUAAAUAUUUUGGAGACAAAACUGAUGAUAUUAUGAAAGCAGGAAGCGAGUGUGCUGAGAAAUCAAAAGCCAUUACCAAUGAAUGUGACUUUGUAAAUGCUGUAGAUUUAUGUAUACUUGAAAAAAUUCCAGACCUUCCAAAAUUUUUUAAAGGAUAAAAUGGGACAUCAUUUUUAAAACUAUGGAAAAAUAUAACAAUAUGACAUUAAUGUAGAAAAUAGAUUGACAGCAUUGAUAGAAAACUAAUGAAAAUAUUUAAAUUACACUAAAAAUAAUUAUAAUUAAGUGUAUGAAUAAAUAUAUUCUGUUCAUAAUUAAA